AUGCCGACUCUUGCUCUUACAAGCUUCAACAUCGUCCUCGGCGAGCAUUUUUAUAUGUCAGAGGCUCUCAUCUCCCUCUUGGCUGGCCUCGUCUUCUCGCCCCGCGGGGCCAAUUUUAUUCGGCCUCUUGAAUAUGCUGGUUCGGAGGAAAACCUGGAUGCAGCUACCUUGUCCUUUACUCGCCUGGUGCUCGGAGUCCAGCUGCUCUUUGCCGGGGGCCAGCUACCCAGCCGGUACUUGCGGCAGGAAUGGAAGCCGCUGGGGUUGCUCCUCAGGCCGCUCAUGGCGGCGAUGUGGGUGGCCACCAGCCUCCUCGUCUGGGCCCUGAUACCGCGCCUGCCUUUCCUCCACGCCCUUGCGAUAGGGGCUUGCGUCACGCCGACAGACCCGGUGCUCUCUAACGUCAUUGUGAAGGGCAGGCUCGCCGACAAAAACGUCCCUAAAGAUCUCCAGAGCCUCAUCAUCGCCGAGUCCGGGGCGAAUGACGGGCUCGGCUACCCUUUCUUGUUCUUCGCCCUAUACUUGAUCAAGUAUGUCGGCGACGGCGGUCGUUCCGAACUGGGAGGCGCCGGCCUCGCCAUGAGCCUGUGGGUCGGGGAGACGAUGGGAUAUACCAUCAUCUUCAGCGUGGUGUACGGCGCGUUCGCGGGUUGGGCCGCCAGGGUAUUGCUUCAUUUGUGCGAGGAGCGUAGGAUCAUUGACCACGAGAGCUUUGUCGCGUUUGCUUUCUCGCUCGCCCUCUUCAUCACCGGCACUUGCGGCAUGAUCGGCACCGACGACAUCCUCGCUUGCUUCGUCGCCGGCAAUGUCUUCAAUUGGGACGAUCGGUACCGCCUCGAGACACUCGAUGAGGUAUUGCCUUGUCCCAGUUCGCUUCAGCCUACUAUCGAUAUGCUCCUCAAUGUAACCGUGUUCAUGUGGUACGGCGCUGUUUGCCCUUGGUAUAGCUUUCCGGCGAAUAGCAUUACCUCUCUGCCCCGGCUAAUCCUUCUCGCGAUCCUCGUGCUGCUGUUCAGGCGCCUUCCGUCUAUCCUGGUGCUCCGUAAGAGAAUCCCGCAGAUAGAAAGUCUACGGCAUGCUGUCUUUAUGGGCUUUUUUGGCCCGAUCAGCUGCUCGGCUAUCUUUUGGGAUGUGGCCCAUCUCCGGGAGGCCGUGUCGGUUCUCGUCUGGUUCAUGGUGAUUAGCAGCGUCGUUGUCCACGGCCUUAGCAUUCCCAUAGUGAAGCUAGGUUUCUACCUUCCUCGCUCUAUCUCUGGGAGCCCGAGUUCGUCGGAGGGCUCCCCCGGGCCAGAUCCAACGGGAGUUGGCAGUUCUCGCAAGUUGCGCCCCGUGUCUGUGCAACUUGUCUAUAGAGUUCUCCCAGAGCACGUGGACGCUACCUCUCCUUCCUUAUACCUAUAUUUAGCUAUCCCCGACGAAGCGGACGGGUCCCGCGGCGGCUGCAAAGGACCCCGGGCACCGACACGCUAG